AUGUGCUAUUCCUAUCUACAGCUUCCUGGAUUUUAUUAUGAUAAAGAAAAGAAGAAAUAUUUCAAAAUUUUGCCUAACAGUAGUUGCAUUGGAAAAUCAUUUACCAAGGAGGGUAUUAAAAUAAAAGAAAAAGAAGAAACAAGAAAAUCUGAUUUGCUGUAUCCGAUAAAACCAAGGACAGAAACUCCAAGAAGACAUCAGCUUUCUGUCUAUGAUAAUUGUCUUCCUUGUGUGACCUGUAAUUUUCAGAAAGGUCUUUUAUCAAACAGGCAGUUGGAUCACACUUUACAUAAAAUUAGGUUAAAGAACUUGAAUACAACCCCACAAACUAGAAUUCAAAUUUAUUCAGACACAAGAAGAGACUGGCUUGAAAGACUUGAGAAUGCCAACCAACUUGAAAUGAUUGAUAAUAAGCAUAUGAUUGGAUUAUUUUCACUAAAAGACUCCAUGAUUCAGAGAAUUUUGUGGUUAAAAUUAUCAGACAAACCCAGUUCUAGUCAAAAGGACAGAUUGUCUUUAUCAAUAGAUCCAUUCCCUAGUUGCAGUAACUACCAGUCAGCUGUUAAGAUCUCAAGUAUGAGUCUCAUUGACAAAGACAGUGUGUUAUAUACAGGGAUGGUUUAUACUGGUACCCCAGAAAGUUUAGUCUUUAUCAAAGGGUUUGGUGAGGGCUCCAGUAGAUAUGAAGUUUAUUCCCUUGGCCAGAAAGCAACAUGGACUUGUGCGUGGAACAAACAUGCCAACCAAUUUAGUGUAGGGAGUGAGAAAUGUGGAUUACUGUUAGAUGUCCAAACCAGGAGACUUUGGGAGAUAAAUACUCACAACAGUGAUGUUCUUUGUCAAGUAUUCUCAAAACAGAACGGGAACUGUUUGUAUAGUGGUACAAGGAACAGUCAGAUUUUCACCCAUGAUCUACGAAGUAUAUCAACGUAUGCUGUCAACCAACUGACUCAGUCUUCUAGUGUCUGUGGAUUACAGUUACUACAAAAUGAUGUCCAUCUAUUGGCCAGUGAUGUGAAAGGACAGAUAAACCUAUGGGAUUUAAGAACUAGGAAGGUUGUAACAGAGUAUUUAGGAAGUAAAAACGAGUACUUGAGGAUACCUAUACAUGUUGACCAGUCCGAAGAAAUUGUUUAUGGAGUUGACCAAGAAGGAUAUACAAGAUUAUGGUGUUUACAGACCGGUGAACUAAUGAAGACUAUUCCUCCGCCAAUGGCAACUAGUUAUGAUUUCUUCCCAUCGGUGUUAUACUCCAAGACAUGGAAUGAUAGACAGGGGAAUACUGGACUAUUAAUGGGACUGGGAGAUAAAGUUUAUGUUUACUCAGAUUAUACCGAUAUGGCUAUAAAUGACUGUUAAAGAGAUAAAGUUUAUUUAUGUCUACUCAGAUUAUACUGAUAUGGCUAUAAAUGACUGUUAAAGAGAUAAAGUGUGUACUGAAAUGCCCUGACUUUUCAGUCCCAAGUUAGUCCAAAUAAUUAUGACGUCUUGAAAGGCUAUUAUAAUUUUUUUCUUUGAUGCCUUACAUCGACGUAAGGCGUCAAAGAAAAAAAUUAUAGUAGCCUUUCAAGACGUCAUAAUUAUUUAGACUAGUCCCAAGUAUACUUUUUUGUCGAAGGAAUUGAAGGAUAGACAGUUGAUUUUCAUUCAUCCAUGAUUAGAGUGUGACCUUAUUGGUAUAGCGUGUGCUUUCACAGAUAAUCUGGUUGAUCACAUAAUUUUGAAAACACUGAGAAAAAUGAUUUAAUUAAACAGCUGAUAAAUGUUUUAUAAAUCUUCUUAGUACUUAUUGUCUCAGACAAACCAUUAUACAUUUUACUUUUAUUUCUUUCCUAUGUAAACAAGAAGUUUUAAAUAAAAGAUCAGUAAUAUA